GUUAUUUUUUCCAACCACGUCGUACACCUACCCGCGGACAAAGUAUUUUGAUUGGUGUGGCUGCCUCCGGACGGUUGUUGGUAGGAAGGAAGUAGCCUACAGAUUCUGACCGCACUCUCAGCUCAAUACCGCCGUAGAAAUGUGAUGGAUUAGAAAAAUAUGUGCCUCGGUUGUCAAUAUGUUCCCCGGCGUUUUCUAUGCGCUCCUGGCGGGGUUUCUCGGGGCUGUCGCAUCUUCAUCUGCAAAGCUGUCACUUGGAGCCGAUUACCUAAAAGGUGUAUGUGAAACGGGGCUACGAACAUGGGGAGAGCAGCGGAAAUUUAGACAACCGGACGAAACUACCGCUUGUGACUGGGUGAGGAAUCGCUGCAGUUUAAGUGCCUGAAUUAUUAACGCGAUGGGAUUCGGGUGGCUUUGAAUAAUGUAGAUGUCAAUGUGUUAGCAAAGCUAACGAGAAGGGAAGUUGUGGUUUUCCAGUGAUGAGUUUAGGGGUCCUGAUUCCAGCUCUUUCGCUCAGCAUCAUCAGCAUCUCUCUCUGCUGGACAGGCGCAUGUUGUGUCGUACACGCGUGAUUGAACGACAUUGCAUUUCGUGCACUAGGUCGCAGUGUUACAUCAUAUAUUUUUGUGUUAAAGGAAGAUAUUUUCUUAUAUGUAGCCUAUCAUUUUAUUCUAGCGGACGAAUGUGAUUAUGGUUUAACAUAUGGGCAAUUUUCCAUUUAAUGUUAAUACCGUAUUGUUAAUUAGGCUGCUUGAAAUGACCUUCAUGACGUUGGGCACGUGGUGACAUGAUUUUACGGUUGAGUUAUCAGCCAUAUUAUUUAUUUAUAUAUCGUUAGGUAAAUGCAUGUUAUAUAUAUAUAUAUCAAGACAAAUAACUAAAAUAGACCCCAAAUCCCAGCUCAACUAUUUGCAGCUCAACUAUUUGAUGUCUCAAGUCCAAAAUAACGUUGUUUUCAUUCAUAUUGUUUGUGUGUGUGUUUGUUUCAGCUACACAUCCCCCUGAGGCUGCUUUGUGGGGGGCUGCUCUUCACCUGUAAUGCUGUGAUGUGGACGUUCCUCGCUAAGGCGCUCAGGUACUCUUCCUCCUCCACCCGAACUACUGUGACCACCACAGCUUCCAACUUCGUAUCUUCCGUAAGUACAUAUUUCCCUGUGGAAAAUACACUUAAAAUUGCUUAGAAAUUAUGUAUAGGCCUAAUAGCCUAUAAGGGUAACACAUAUUUUCCUUUUUAAGUGUUGUCAACAAUACAGAGAAGUAAGUGUAAUGACUGGUGCACUAAAUUGAAAUACCUGUAUUGUGCCACAGGCCUUUUUGGGGCAACUUAUCUUCGGGGAGACCCAGAUUGCGUUGUGGUGGGUGGGAAUCUCCCUCACAUUCUCUGGCCUCCUGGUGCUUCAGAGGGCGGCCCCCAACGACAGAGCCAGGAAGGACAAAUGACAACCUGUCGGAAGGCACAACUCAUUAACUGAUAUAGAAAGAAACCAGUAAUGUAACCUAUAGCCUACUAUCUGUGACAAACAAUAGCAUUUCUCGGGUGAAUGGCUGUCGUGGCAAAUUUGGAAGGUAAAGCACUGUCAAAACAUACCUAUGUAAGGAGCAUACAGUGAUUUAUGGUUUGUAACACUUUGACAUCAUCAGCAAUGUGUGCAUGACAUCGAUACUUCACCAUGCAUACACUCAGCCUCAGAUCACAAAAGCUUUAUUUUGCUCACAUAUCCUAAGAUGACACGCACUGUAAACUUCCACGCCAACAUUGAUCAUUGCAUGUUCAAGGUGAUGUGUGAACCAAAGUGAUAAGUCACACAAAUGCUGCUACUGCUGGACAUAAGCAAAUACAGCAAACACAGAUAUUCUCAUAGCUUAUUACAGUAUCAUACAUGAUGUGGCUCAGAGAAUACACUUCAUGGCCUUGAUAGGAACUUCUCCUCGGUUGUAUCAUGUUUAUAGCCUCAUAUCUUGAGGGCUUGACCCUCACACAGAGUUUUGACAUGUUUUGUGGAUUCUGAGGUGGAUUGGCCUUGCCUGCCUUUAUAGCAAAUGUCUAACAGAAAGUUCCUAACAAGGUCUAAACCCAAAUAAGUCAAACCAAAGUACACAAAUAUGUUGAUCCUGCCUGGUACCCACUGUAACCACAGCAAGUCUCUGUCAAUGCAGUGUGAAGUCAAACUGCUAAGUGGCCCAAAAAAAUCAUACUGACCUUCUCAGCUGCCUGUAAAGUGAUACGGUUUAGUUCACUCCAAAAUCAAAAUUUGUCAGACAUUUUCAAACCUCA